CAAGCACCGGAUCAAGAGAGAUAUUGAUUCAUCUUAUUAUGUUCAAUAUCUUAAUGCCUUGGAAUGUGAGGAGCGGCAGGGCACUAUCGUCAAAAUUCGAUUUUCGUGAUGAUCCUUCAGCAAUUUCAAAGGAAUCUAUCGAAGCAUCUUUGCAAAUAGUUCAUGAUAUUUCAACGGAAAAUAUCGGCACGUUGUGCAUUAGUAAACAAUAUAGUCCUUUGAAAAUUCCAUUGAACACAGAGCUUUAUGAUGGAGCACGACAAAAGUCCGAUUUAGCUUCUGUGAUUCUUCAAGAUCUUGGAUUCAAUAGACACAGUGGUUUAUUGGAUGCGAUUGCCAGAGGCCUACUAUCCGAUCCAAAUGUAAUAAAUGCUCGCAUACUCGCAACAAACUUAUCAACAGGAUUCUUAAGCACAUCUGUAUGGUGGACGAAAAUUGGAAAUCGGGAGUUGGGUGAGCCACAGCGGCGUGAGGAAGACGGACUUGCUGUGGGACGAAAGCCUCUCUCUGAUUAUCCAUGGUUUGAGGAUCCUGCGUCAACCCCAUCACUUCGUUCACCGAAAUUUGCAUCAGCUCCACCGAGUUUAUCGUUUAAAGGCUGGUUCACAUUUCCCUAUUAUUCAUGCAUUCAGAGAAAAUGGAUAAUUUCGUAUAGUAUUGCAAUAGCUUCAGUGAAACAUCCAGACUUGCGUGGAUUUCUGAGUAUCGAUAUAGAUGUUUCAGGACUGUAUAUUAAUCAAUGUGAUAUAAGUAAUCAAUUUUAUAGCGACAGCCAUCAUAAUUCAAAUUUCCGUUAUAAUAGCAAAUUUAAUCAUAAUCAGCAUCAAUCCAGUGCACAACUCUUUACGCAUCCAAUCGUAUCCCUACAAACACCGUCGCCGUUCCAUCAGGAUAACGAGAUAGAUGCAUUCCAUGAUUCGCACAAGUGCCAUCGUGAUAGUAUGGAUUGUCAAUUUCGUCCACAAUAUCUCAACAACAAUCGCCUGUCGACCAUUAAUGGAUGGACAAGAGGCAGUUAUCAAUGCCUUUGUAGAAGAGGCUUUUAUUCAAUAAGACAUCCAUAUGGUUUCAAUGGAACGAUCAUGGAAGCAUCGUAUGAAGAGUACUUGACAAAUGUCAGUACAUUUUAUAUCGAUUCGUUUGUGUGUCUGCCGUGCAUGGAAGGAUGUUUAUCAUGUACUGGUCCACAACCAUGCUUAGCCACUUACAAUUGGCCAUUUAGAAUUGCCAUUCUCACCAUUUCAAUCUUCUGUGUUUUCUUUACAACUUCUCUCGCAUUGUAUCUAUUUCAUAAUCGAAAAAUUAAAGUAUUUAAAGUUGCAAGUCCUGUUUUCCUCAUGAUAUGUUUGGUUGGAUGUGGCAUCAUGUAUCUGGAGAUGGCUGCAAUCUUUCCCACUCUAGAUUUAUACUCGUGCAUUGCUACAAAAUGGACACGUCAUAUGGGAUUUUGCAUCACAUAUACUGCCUUGUUUAUGAAAACGUGGCGCGUUUCGUUGACAUAUCGUGUCAAAUCUGCACACAAAGUUAAACUUACUGAUAAGCAAUUGCUACAAUGGAUGGUUCCUAUAUUAUUAGUUAUGGGAAUUUAUCUCGGAACGUGGACUGCUGCUGAUACGCCAACAGCAACAGAGAUUACGGAUGUUGAAGGAUUGAUAUUCAAACAAUGUGUAUUUAACUGGUGGGACCAUGCAUUAGCUAUCGGAGAGGUUCUCUUCCUCUUGUGGGGCAUACGUGUCUGCUACAAUGUUAGAAAUGCCGAAUCAUUAUACAACGAAGCAAAAUUGAUCUCCUAUGCAAUAUAUAACAUUGCUUUCGUUAAUACACUUAUGGUAGCAAUACAUUUGUUCCUCUUUCCACAAGCAGGACCUGACAUAAAGUAUUUCCUCGGAUUUGUGCGCACACAAUUGUCGACGACGACAACAAUCAUAUUAGUUUUUGGUCCAAAAAUCUUACGGGUGCUGCGAGGUCAAGGAGAUAAAUGGGAUCAUCGAUCGAGAGCGCGUGGCAUAACAGCCUCGUUUUGCAUUAAUGGUGGUGGUCUUAUGCCAGAGGAAGGCAUUGAUUUAUAUCAAGAGAAUGAAGAACUGAAGGAACAAAUCCAAAAGUUAGCUGGGCAAAUUGAGUUUAUGCGUAUUGUACAAAUGGAAGUAAAUAAUCGUCAUUUAAAGCCAAAACCUGGUGGAUAUUUCUCAAUGACAAGUCCAAUUGGAAAGAGUUUGACAGCAAGUCGAAAGCAUCAUCAUACAAGUUCAGCGGAAACGAGUAAACACGAAAAUAGCGUGAUAGAAGAUGGUCACAGUGGAACAAAUAGCCUUUCGGGUGGUGUCAGUGAGCAGCAACAAGAAGUAGUGAAUGAGCAACAAGAGAAUAACAACACAGAAGCAGCAAUAAAUGAUUCUUUGUCAGUGACAGGAGCAAAUAUCAAUGCAACAACGAAUUCAGUGGUUUCGCAAAGUACCGACAGUAGCUUUGCAAUCGAUGCUCGUGUGCCAGUUAAUGUUUAA